AGUCAGGCAAGUACUGUUCUGGCAACUGUGAAACCCAAACACAUCCAUCGGAUUUCCAGACAGAGAAGCGUGAUUAGUUACUCCAGAGAACAUGUUUCCACUGGUCUGGAGUCCAGUGGCGGUGUGCUUUACACCACUGCAUCCGAAGUUCUGCACUGUACUGGGCGAUAUAAGGCUUGGAUGCAGCUGCUGGCCAUGGAAACCCAUUCAAUGAUGCUCUCUAUGCACUGUUCUGCUAAUCUGAAGACCACAUGACGUUUGGAGGUCUUUAGCUAUUGACUCUGCAGACAGUUGGUGACUUCUGCGCACUGUGCGCUUCAGCAUGCGCUGACCCCGCUCUGUCAUUAUACAUGGUCUACCACUUUGUGGCUGCGUUGCUGUUGUUCCCAAAGUUGCUACAAGUGAUAGCAUAUACUUGACUGUUGGAGUAUUGUAUGAGUUUUGUUUCAUGAUGGAAAGAUUGCACAGGUG